AUGUCAAAUGAAACAUCAUCAUCGACAAAUAGUAUCGAAACUUCUCUCACACGUACUAUUAAAUUGAUACUCUUCGCAAUUCCAUUAGGGCCAUCACUUCUAUGUUCACUUCAUAUCAUGAUAUGUAUUGCACGUAAACAUAAACUACGUCAUCGUACGAAUCAUGUUAUGAUCUGCAUUAUUAUUGUUGAUUUUAUUGAACUUACAUACGAUCUUGCAGCCAUAACCAUGCCUUACUUGAAAACCGGACGUAUCUACAAUUUAUCAUUGUGCUUGUACUGGGUCACAGGUAACUAUGCAUUACAGGGCAUUUCAGCUUGGUUGAUGGCAUGGGCAUCUAUUGAUCGAUAUCUUCUAAUAUUCUAUCAUCGCUUAUUAAGUACGUUUACCAGGUGUGACUUACCGCUCAUAAUUAUCCAUGGCUUCGUUGUUCUUUGGUAUGUUAUCGUCACGAUUACUCAUCCGUGUACUGAAAAUUGGUUCGAUGAAACGCGAUUUCUAUGUGGAGGACCAUGUUUUAACAUAAACUCAAUAAUAGCGACGACGGAUUGGAUUCUCCUUGUUCUCAUACCUGCAAUGAUAAUCAUUAUCGUCAACUUACUUCUUCUAGUAAGAAUUCUUGUGCAGAAACUUUGGCUUCGAUCAAGUUUUAAAAAUCGACGAUUGCAAUGGCGUAAAACAGCGAACUUACUUAUCCAGUUACUUGGUAUCACUAUCGUAUUCCUUAUUACACAAGUCCCUUUAGCUAUUCUCUGCUUGGUACAAAUAUUCCUAGUGCCGGAUUUUCUCAUCGACGUCUCACAUAUUUGGCUCUACUAUAUGCCUUACUUUAUUUAUAUAACUACACCAUUUGCCUAUAUUGUUACAACGAAAGAAUGUCGCACAAGAACAUUCAGACAACAACAGCAUCGUAUAUAUCCUAUACAUAGAUGA